AUGUCUGUAGUCCAACGCGAAAACCGUGAGUCUGAUCGACAGUCAUCGUUGCGGGAUCUAACUACCUGGAGCCAGAUGCCUGGCGAACGUCGAACACCAGGUAGACCAAGGAAGUGGACCGAGACGGAGAACCGCUUACUCCUAGAACUGGGAGAGGAAUUCCCUCGGCGUGGUGAACUUCGGCAGCAUCUGACGGUAUGGACAAUGUUCUAUCUGUUUGCAGGCCUAGCUGAGCUGGCUGGCCGAGCUGGCGUAAUCCUUCAUAAGCAGUUAGCUAAUCCGGUAUUUGGUAACUGGAACAUAGGGCUAGAGCUCCCAGACCAAUUUCCUGGGAAGACCAUCGCGGCUCUGAUGAUACAGCAUAUGAGACUAUUAAAGGCCAAAAGAAUAUCCCAGACGGACUGUGGUUCGGCUCGGCGGGUGGCGAGAACUCGUGGCAGCGAAGCAACCAAGACGCUAGGGGACAUGGGAGAAGGUGCGGCGUCUGGAGACUCAGACUUGGAGUCGGAGUCGCAGUCGCAUUCCGAGUCUGCAAUGCAGGACAGGGAGGAUCGAGAUACCGAAGUGGGAGACUGCGGAAAUCCAGAUGUGAGAGUUGUGAUCCCCGAACCCAGGAGGCCCGGUCUCACUCAGCUGCAGAAGAGCCAAGGCAGGGUCAUACCGGGCCCAGACAAGGGAGACUCAUAUCCGGUAAGAGCAUAUACCUGCAAAUCAAUAUUCAACUGCCACUCCCUAAAUUGA